ACUCUUUUCCCGAUUGCAUCAUACCAUAAGAAAAAUUAAAUCUUACAAAACGAUAUACAAGUAGAAGUCUAGAACAAAUAACAAAGCUCAUAGUUCACAUACUCAUAAUUCAUCGUCAAUGGCUGCAUCCUCCCCUCAGAUUGGAUUCUUAGUUCCUCUGAAUGAUAAACUAGAAGAAAACACUUCAAACCCUAGAAUCCCAAUUGUAAAUGGGCCCAAUAUUGUGGGCCGUGAUUCUGUUCCGGUUGCUGAUAAAAGGCUCAGCCGGAAGCAUCUUUCCGUUACUGCUUCUGCGGAUGGCCGGGCCCAUGUAAUUGUGGAAGGGUCGAACCCGGUGGUGGUUAGAUCAAAUGAUCAAAGGAAGAAGCUUUUGUCGAGGGAGAGUUGUGUGAUUAAAGAUGGCGAUGUUAUUGAGUUGAUACCUGGGUAUCACUUCUUUAGGUUUUGGGGUGUGAAAAAUAGUGUGGCACCGAUUAGUCAGAAAAGGGAUUGUAGUGAAGGGAAUAGAGUAGGUGAAGAAGAUGAAUCAGUUAGUCGGAAGAGGGCAAAACAGGUUUCUCAAGACGAAGCAUUUGCCAGAAAUUUGCAGGCUGAGCUUAACAAUGGGAGCCCUGUGCAUGGAAGAUCUGCUGAGACUAUCCGUUACUUCAGCCCUACUAAUGAUAAAUUACCAUCAACAUUCCGUCUUAUGAAAGUAAAAGGGCUCCCCCCCUGGGCAAAUACAAAUGCUGUUUCUAUUAGUGAUGUGAUUCAGGGAAAUGUACAAGUUGCUAUCCUUUCAAAUUAUAUGGUAGACAUCGACUGGUUGACUUCCGCUUGUACAACACUUAAUAAAGUUCCUCAUGUUCUGGUUGUGCAUGGAGAGGGUGAUGGUACAUUGGAGUACAUGAAGAGAAAGAAGUGUGCAAAUUGGAUUUUACACAAACCCCCAUUACCGAUUUCAUAUGGGACACACCAUUCAAAAGCCAUGUUUCUUGUUUAUCCUCAAGGAGUAAGGAUCGUUGUCCAUACAGCAAACUUAAUAUAUGUUGAUUGGAAUAACAAAAGCCAAGGGUUAUGGAUGCAAGAUUUCCCAUGGAAGAAUUCUAAUCCUCCAAAUAAAGGAUCUGGGUUUGAAAGUGACCUAGUUGAUUAUCUGACUGCAUUGAAGUUGCCAGAAUUUUCUGUCAGCUUGCCAGGCCUUGGCAACUGUAAUAUCAAUGCAUCGUUUUUCAGGAGAUUUGAUUACAGCAGUGCAACGGUCAGGUUGAUUGCUUCUGUCCCUGGUUACCACUCAGGUUCCAGUUUGAAAAAGUGGGGGCAUAUGAAACUAAGGACUGUUCUGCAGGAAAGUAUAUUUGACCAGCAGUUUCGGAAGGCCCCUCUUGUUUAUCAGUUCUCAUCACUAGGUUCAUUGGAUGAGAAAUGGAUGACAGAACUAGCAUCGUCUAUGUCAUCUGGCGUGUCAGAAGAUCAACAGCCUUUAGGUCUGGGGCAGCCAUUAAUAAUUUGGCCUUCUGUAGAAGAUGUCAGAUGUUCACUAGAGGGCUAUGCAGCUGGAAAUGCCAUCCCAAGUCCACAAAAGAACGUUGAAAAAGAGUUUUUAAAGAAGUAUUGGGCUAAAUGGAAAGCACGCCACUCAGGUCGUUGUCAUGCAAUGCCACAUAUAAAGACGUUUGCACGUUAUAAUGGCCAAGACCUUGCGUGGUUCCUUCUCACUUCAUCAAACCUAAGCAAAGCUGCCUGGGGUGCACUACAGAAAAAUAAUUCUCAGUUAAUGAUUCGUUCUUAUGAGCUUGGAGUACUGUUUUUGCCUUCUAAACCACAUGGGUGCAGCUUUUCUUGUACAGACAAUGGAAAUCAAUCAGAGGGUAAAUGUGAGAUGGCUAAUAAUUCUGAGGCAGAGAGAACAAAACUGGUUACCUUGUCAUGGGAAGGAAACAAGAAUACAAAAAUAUCAGAAGUGAUCACAUUACCCGUGCCUUACGAACUCCCGCCACAACGAUAUUCUUCUGAAGACAUUCCGUGGUCAUGGGACCGGCGAUACAACAAGAAAGAUGUGCAUGGCCAAGUUUGGCCAAGACAAGUUCAACUCUACACCACUCAAGGCUAAUAAGAUGUCAGACUCCUUGUGUAUUUAGGUCAAACGGGACGCUGUAUGUUCUGGGACGGGUGUGAGGCUACAAGCCUACAACCUAAGGAUUAUGCUUUAUACUUCAUAUUCGUUUCAAUAAAUUUAAACUAUUAUAAUCAUUUAACUUACCCGUUUUUAGUUUCUAGAUUAUUUCUAUUAGAAAUCAGUUUUCCCUGUUAUGGGUUAGUAUGAUAUGAGAUUAAAGAUUUAAAGUA